ACCUCACUGAACUUCUUCUUCACCUAACCAGCUAGCACAUGAUUAGUAAAAGCCAUAGCAGCCAGUGCUUUAUAAUAUAAUGUUCACCCCUCCUUCUUCACUUCUCAUAAGCCACACAACAGCAGCAACCAACAUUAACAUAUUCUCAUAACCCUUUUCGUUGAUUUUGAUCAAGAUCACUCAUCUUCAUCAUGGGUGUUGUUACUCAGGAAUACGCUACCCCUGCAGCUGUGCCACCUGCUAGGCUUUUCAAAGCCAUGUCAUUAGAUUUUCAUAACCUCUUCCCAAAGAUUGUUGAUAUCAUCCAGAGUAUUGAAUUCACUGAAGGAAGUGGUGGUGCUGGAACCAUUAAGAAGCUCACCACAAUUGAAGGUGACAAAACCAAGUAUGUGCUGCACAGAGUUGAUGCAAUUGAUGAAGUUAACUUUGUAUACAACUUCAGCAUAAUUGGGGGCACUGGAUUGGCUGACAAUUUGGAAAAGGUCUCAUUUGAGAGCAAAUUGGUGGAAGGCCCAAAUGGAGGGUCCAUUAGGAAGGUACAUGUUCAGUAUUUCACUAAAGGUGAUGCUAAGCUCAGUGAGGAGGAGUUGAAGGCUGGCCAAGCCAAGGUUGAAGGGCUUGUAAAGCUUGUUGAAGGUUACCUUUUGGCAAAUCCUGAUUACUGAACCUCUUUAUAACUAAUAAGAGUUUUUAGCUAUGGUGCAAAAUAAUGGCCCAGUUUUUGGAUCUGCAGCCUAAGGCUUGUUAAGGCUUUCUUCUAAAUCUUUGUUAUGACUUGGCCACGUAGAUCGUAAAUUUCAGUUUCUUAACUUUCUUCAGCUUUUU